AAUAUAUGAAUAACCCCCCCCCCCAAUUAUCAUUGUAGUUACGACCCUGAAACCACCUGCCUUUCAGCGUUCUUGCAGAAACUGUUUGUCUUGGCCUUUGACGACACUUACGACAAAUUUACCUAAUUAUUCAGCUAACCUCACCAGGGUUAACCAGAUUACUGAAAAAAGAAGCCAAACAUUGUUGUAGUCGGCCCUUUGAUUUCCAGCUUUGUUUGAACUUUGAACAACAAAUCAGCUGACCUCUAUACAGUAGCUGAAUGCAGCGUUAUAUUUUUUUCUAAGCGCAGGCUGCGACGGGCCGAAAAUUUUGGAUACAAAUUUCAGCAAAAAUUGCCCUAAUUUUGGUUGAAUUCGAUUAAAAAUUUUGAAAUUAUAGUUCUAACCUCGAAUUUAUAUUGAAAAUUAGAAAUUAGUACUCGACUUCGGUCUUCGGAGUUCAAAAAAUCCGAUAUUGUUGUUUUGAUGUUGUCAUGUUGCUAAAAAUAGAAGCAGGUAUUUCCCCUUUCAGGCCUUUCUUACGUUUUCUUGGAAGAGAUGACAGAAAUUCAUUUGAAAAACCUCACGACGUGAAGAAACAGAAACAGAAAGAAAACUAAAUGGAAUGUUUUCCAGAAAAUCCUUCCUAUUUGACUAAUAAUUAAUAAAGGGCAGCACAUCAGAUAGUACAUGAUAUGGCUGCAAGUAACUCGUCUUCAAGCGAGUUUGAACCUCGGGAUUAUCAAUCGGAACUAAUCGAUGCAGCAAUAAAGGAAAACAUUAUUGUUCAUCUGGGAACUGGCACUGGCAAGACUUAUAUUAGCAUCAAACUGAUUGAACAUCUGGCAGGAGAAGAUGGCAUAUUCAGACCCUUUUCUAAAGAUGUUAAGAGGACCUUCUUUUUGGUUGAUAAAGUUCCUUUGGUUUACCAACAAGCUGAUGCCAUUAGAAAAACACAAACUGCACUUCGUGUAAAGGAGUUCUGUGGUGAAAUGGAUGUGGACUCCUGGUCAAGAGAAUGUUGGGAAAGUCAUUUUAAAGAGAAUCAUGUAUUGGUAAUGACAGCUCAGAUCUAUUGUGACUGUAUAGAAGAUGGCACAUUUAAAUUAAACGAAGCCAACUUGUUAGUCUUUGAUGAAUGUCAUCAUGCCAAAAAAGAACACCCAUUUAAAAAAAUCAUGGACUGCUUUACUAACGACCAAGAUUAUGAAAAGCAAGACUUGCCAAGGAUCCUUGGACUAACUGCAUCAGUUGUUGGGGGGAAUGUGAAGCCUGGCCAGGUUAAGGGUAAAAUAGAAAUGCUGGAACGCACAUUAAGAAGUGUCUGCAAAACAGCACAGUCAGAUACUUUAAAGAAAUGCGGUGCUAAACCUGAAGAAAUUAUGAGACCCUACUUAUCUUCAAACCAUUUAGACAGUGCUGCAAUCGUUUUGGAAAAAGCAUUCCAUUCUGUUUUGAAUUCUGUGAAGGCAUUCUUUGAGGACAUGUCAGAGGUUAAUUGUUCUGAAGAAGUCAUCAAGAAUGAAUUAAAAGUUUCAAAGGAUGCAGUCUGUGGAUGUUUAGCAUUAUUGGAUGAAAUUGGGAUCUGGGCAGCAUAUGAAAUGUCAAUGGUGUUAAUUGAGAAUUUAGAAAAGAGAAUCAAGAGAGUCUGUGAGAAGAUUGCAAGUUUGCUUCUUCAGACAACAGUGACCAGUUUACGAGAACUUUGCUGGAGAUACGACAAAUUUAGCACAGCAAACAUGGCAGGCCAAGAGAGAAUUCAACAAGAAUAUUUGAAACCGAAAGUGCAGGAACUUCUGAAUCUCUUUUCCGAGUAUAAAGGUGACAAAUCUAAAAUGUGUUCGAUUGUAUUCGUCCAGACACGGUACGCAGCUUACAUGAUAAGCAAACUGAUCAACGCUGUGGCGUCGUCGGAAAGCGAUGAAUAUCGACAUCUCAGCUCAGAUUUUGUAACCGGUCAUGGCUCUGAGCUGCCAGGCGUUUCUGCAACGCAGAUGAACUUUAAGAAACAGCAGGAAACGUUGACGAAAUUCCGCACAGGGACGUUCAACGUGCUCGUGGGAACGAGUGUCGUGGAGGAAGGUGUGGAUAUCCCAAAAUGCAACCUCGUUGUCAUGUUUGAUUUCCCACAAAACUAUCGAGCGUUCGUUCAGUCGCGCGGCCGGGGUAGAGCAAAGGAUGCGAAAUAUGUGAUGUUGGUGGAAGAGAAUGGGUCUCAGAGACAAAAGCAAGAUCAAAAAAUGAGUAACUAUAAAUGUGUUGAGGAACGUUUGAGAGAGUUGUGUGAAGCCAAACGUGACGGGCCUACAGAGGAAGAAAUCAACGAGGAAGUGAAUGAAUAUCCACUUGAAAAAUAUUUCACAAAGGAAGGUGGAAAACUUUACAUGGGAAAUGCUGUAAAUCGUUUAUACAGAUAUUGCUCAAAACUAUCGGCAUCUAUUCCUCUUAAACCAGUGUUUAUAAUUAAUGACGUGGCAGAGAAAUUUCAGUGUUCAUUGAAACUGCCAAGGAACAGUGACAUCAUCGAAGUCAUUGAGGGGGAACCAAUGAAAAACAAGAAAAACGCAAGACGGGCGGUGGCACAAGAAGCUUGUAUCCAGUUGCAUCGACUUGGUGCUUUGAAUGACCAUUUUCUGCCAGUCGAGAGCAGCUCUGAAAGCGAGAGUGACGGCGAAGAUGACGUUGUUGAUGGUUCUUCACAGCACAAAACAGGGACAAAGAAAAGAGUGAGAUCACAUCGUGUCAAGACAUCAAAUCAACUGUAUGGACACGUGGUCACAAAUAAUAAGAUGAAUAUAUACGCCAUCAAUAUGGAGUUUUGCGAAGUUUAUGACACCAUCAAGAAGGAAAGGUUAUGGGAUUGGAACAGAAAAAAUGGGAUUGGAAUUUCCCUUGGGAUUGUUACCACUGAAAAAUUGCCAGUUGAUCAGUUAUUACCGUUCUAUCUCUACAACGAUAUUGGCAAGUUAGUGGUCACUCUCAGUGAACGCUGUCAACUAAAAAGGACGCUAUUUCAAAAACACCAGGAUACCUUCAACUGGUUUCACAAGUUUAUUUUUACUGAAACUCUAGAAUUCAAACUCGGUGCUUUCACGAAUUACGGUUGCCGAAUUGUUUUAUUGAACUGUGACGAUGUUUCUGCCAGUUCGAGUAUCAUUAACUUCGAUGCCGAAUGGAAACACUUCGAGAAAAUGCGACAAAAAGUGACGGUCCUAACUUCUGAUACAGAUCAUUUAGAUUCAGUUGUCACUAAGGGUUAUUCAAAAAAUGAGAUGGAGAAUCAAGAACGUUAUCUCAUCCUAUCAAAAACUGACAAAACCCCUCUUAGCCCCUUUCCCGAUUUGAAAUUUAAAACAUUUCAGGAUUACUAUAAAAGAAAAUAUGAUAUUGAAAUCAGUGAUCUGUCCCAAUCUCUAGUGGAAGUUAUCAGAUCGCGUCGUGAGAUUGAUUGCCGAAAGAAACGGCAAGUACUCUCGGGGAAAAAUACUAAGAAAAAAAAUAUCAAGGAGCUCCUGGUACCGGAAUUAUUAAAAUUAAGACCAAUUCCACAAUCGUUGACACUUCGCGCUCUUUUUCUGCCGACCAUAUUAUACCGCGUUGAUAGCCUCGUUUCCAUGAUUGAACUACGAGAUACAAUAUCCACUAAAAUGGCUGCCAACUUUUCAUAUGUCGACCAAACGGCAGAACCUCCACGAAAAAGAUCUAAACUCGAUUGUUUAGGCGUGGAUAUCGGUAGUGAAGAAAGAGACCCUUAUUCGUCUGUUUUAAAGUACUUCUCUCCAUUCGAACGCGACAGUUCAGUACCGUUACCCCAAUUACUGGAGGCAGUCACGUGUGCUCGAUCCAACGAUGAUUUCAGUCUUGAGAGGCUAGAAAUGCUUGGUGAUUCAUUUCUUAAAAUGGCCGUCAGUAUUCAUGUUUAUUCACAUGAAAAUCACAAAGACGAGGGCAAAUUAACAAAGUAUCGCACACGACAGAUUUCAAACAAGAACCUUUUCAAGCUAGCGAUGAAGAAAGACCUCCCGAAGUUUAUCAAAUACAUUGGCUUCUCUAAGGAGACAUGGCAUCCACCGGGCUUCGCCAUAUCCAAGGAAGAAUUAGUAAAUGGCAGCUCUUCCUCUUCUACCGAUGACGGCGCUAACGGAGACAGUAGCAACGUUAUCGAUGACACUUUAACACAGACGAUCCCGGAUAAGAGUGUCGCAGACAGCAUGGAGGCGCUUAUUGGAGCAUAUUUUAUUCAUUGUGGAUACAUGGGGGCACUUAGGUUUAUGACAUGGUUAGGCGUGAAAGUAUUUUACGAGAAGAACACGCCUGCUGAAUUGUUGAACGAUAACGGACGCAGAAAAUCUCCAACGCUUUGCGAUAUCUCUAAGUACGCUAACUAUCCCUUACCAGAUCUAGAAAUCUCUGCCGACGGAACGACCAAAGGAAUGGCUUCGUUUGAGAGGAAGAUUGGUUAUACUUUUAAAAACAAGGUUUUAUUGCUCGAAGCAUUCACUCAUCCGUCAUCCAACGAUAACACCAUAACUGGUUCCUACCAACGUCUCGAGUUCUUGGGCGACGCAAUUCUUGAUUUCCUGGUCACCCAACACAUCUACAACAACUGUAAAAAAGACCUGACUCCUGGUCAACUUACGGACCUGCGUUCAGCUCUCGUGAACAACAACAUCUUCGCUGUUAUUUCAAUAGAGAACGACUAUCAUAAAUACCUAAAGUAUUUGUCGUUUCAUUUGUUUGGUACCAUUGGUAAUUUUGUGAGAGAAGCUAAACUAUACCAAGAGAGUCUUGGUGACAAGGUGAGCCCAGAUCCUUACGUGAUCGCCGUACAGAGUGACAGCAGUGAUGUGGAAUGUAUUGAAGCUCCGAAACCUCUGGGUGAUGUUUUUGAGUCCGUUGCUGGUGCGAUAUUCCUUGACAGCGGUCUGGAUGUCCUCGAAGUCUGAAGAGUCUAUUAUCCAAUGCUUAAGAAGUUCAUUGAUGAGUACUCGCAGAACGUGCCAAAAAAUCCGGUGAGAAGAGUUAAUGAACUUGACGUGAGUGCGGAAUACAGAAAGGCAGAGAUAUUAGAAGACGGUAGAGUGUCUAGUGUUCUUAAAUUCAAAGGUAGCGAGUAUAAAGGUUUUGGGAUAAAUAAACGAAAUGCUAAACUUUCUGCUUCCUAUAGGGCUUUGAAAACAAUCGAUGACAAAAAAUAGUUAGCGUUUUAAGAUUAUUGGUAUGCGGGUCAACCAAAUAAUAAUUUUGGUUUUAAAAUAUAAUAUAAUAAGUUAAAAUUUGGGGAAUCUAUAAAUAGUCGAGGUAAAUAAUGUAUUUUACAUAGGAAUUAAUUAAUAAAUUUAUUCGAUUAGUAACAAAGUCAAUGAAUUCCGGCAAUGUUCAUUCAUGUGCAAUCGACGGUGGGAAGCCGCCCACACGCCAGCUGCUUCUAAGUGCCCGUGCGCGGGCGUCAACACCAUAUAUGGCAAGCGUAGGAAGUGAAUCAGUGAUAAAACAAUAAUCAACACAAUAUGGCUCGAUUUGAAAUGCACAAAAUUUUCAAUUUGCAAAUUAUAAAACACUGAAAGAUAAUUGCUGUCGGUUCCAUUGGUCGCCGUUUGACAGUUUGCACCUGUGUAUGAACAUAUAACGCCAUUCUGAAACGAAGAAAGUACUUCAGAAGAUUAAAUAACGAACGAUCAAAAGCUAGCUAGCUUUGAUCAUAUUUGAUUGAACGCA